GUCAGUUCCUCUGUCUCGUUCUGCAAGUUCCACAACUCAACUCCACCAGAGAAGAGACGCGGCAGCGCCCUUUUUUUUUUGCCAUUAGCUUCUAUCUCCGCGCACAGAGGCAGAGGGAGAAAAGAAUGGGUUGGGUUCGGAAGACGGUGGACUCCGUCAAAUCAUUGCAGGUCAAGCAAGUUCUGCUUCGCGCCAUCGGUCUCGCAAUGGUUUUUACGUCGGGGUUGAUUCUGUGGAAAGCGCUGAUGUGCAUGACGGGAACUAAGUCGCCGGUCGUGGUCGUGGUUUCCGGGAGCAUGGAGCCCGGUUUCAAAAGGGGUGACGUUCUGUUCUUGUACAAGAACAAAGAUCCGAUUCGGGCAGGGGACAUUGUGGUAUUUAAUGUGAAGGGGCAAGAUGUUCCUAUAGUUCAUCGCGUAAUCGAGGUUCAUGAGCAACAAAGCGAUGGGGAAAUAAAGCUACUGACUAAAGGGGAUGCAAAUGAUAUGGAUGAUAGGUUUCUGUAUGCUCGUGGUCAGCUAUGGUUGAAGCCACAGCACAUCAUGGGCAGAGCAGUCGGGCUCUUGCCUUACGUGGGCUGGGUGACCAUCGUCAUGACUGAGAAGCCUGUUUUACAGUACAUACUCGUAGGAGCAGUGGGUUUGCUGUUCUUGACUUCAAAGGACUAGAGCACGAGAAGAAGCUGAUUGACCAAAUUUGCUACGGGUUCACAAGCUUUGUAGCACCCCCCUCGAAUGAUGUAAUUUUGCCUCUUAGUUUUGCAAGCUACUCUAGUUAACUACAGACCAAUCUUUUACUCCAAAGCCAUUGGAAAGCUAAGUACGCAUUCCAUACUAAGAACUGCCAAUUGGCCGAAAACCUUGUAUCAUAAGAUGCAUAGUCUAUACUUUAUAUCAAUCAUAUCCUAUAUGCUCCCUCGAUCAACGACAAAUGGUGACUAAUCUCAGUCCUCGUGGAUGAUACUACGAAGAAGUAUGCACAAAGCUCUAGCUACAACGAAAACCCCUAGCUGUCCACAAGCAAAACUUGUAGGGCAUGCACAAGACUACAAGAUAGGUUCACAGAGUACCAGAGAUAAGAGACUAUUAACUCAAUACUGGACCUAUUAGGCUCCUCUCUAGAAAGACUCCAAACGCUUUGCUCAUCUUCUAGAACUAGGUUUCACCAAACUCCCAGAUAUGCAUCUCAGUUCUACUUGGUAUCAAGCAGCCGAUGAUGCCCCAGACUGAAACUGCUUCAACAUUUCACAAUGAGGAGUAUCCCUCACAAAACCCCAUUGCAUUCUUUGUACCUCGAAUCUACAGUUCUGGGAAAGGAGAGAUACGUAGUCUCUCUCCACAUUUCCUUCCAGCACCAUCCUGUUCCGACUAUCGACCGGAUACUCCUGCUCAAACCUGGCACUACUCUUGACAUAAAAAUUGACCCCUCUCUCCGUGGUGUACCUAUGCUCAUAAGGAUAUGACCGAGAGAGAGAGUAGACUGGAUCGGAAGAAGGCAAGAAGCUGAACAGCAAAAUCACAAGAACAGGAAGCAGCUGAAUCAAGGCACGAACAUUGAACCCAGAUCCAUUAUCACCACCUGUUCUAGCUCCCAUCCCACCACCAAAGUUGAAAGUCCUGAACUGGGUAGCCGCAGGAGACAUUCCGCCAUAGAAAAACUGCCUGAAAAUCUCGUCAGGAUCAAAAUCUUCAUAAUACCCAUUGUAGACACCACCCCCACCACCAUGGCGCCUAGGUGCCCGCCUCUCAAAGACAGGAUCUUCACUUCCAGUCACAUCAUACUUCUUCCUACUCUCUUCAUUACUCAGACACUGAAACGAUUUGGACACCGCCUUAAACGCUUCCUCAGCUCCCGGUGCCUGGUUCUUAUCCGGGUGCACUUUCAGUGACAACUUCCUAUACGCCUUGCGAACAUCCUCCACGCUACAGCUCUUCUCCACACCCAAAAUCUCAUAAUAAUCCUUCUUCUUAUUAAUUUGCCUUACCAUCGUGACCUGCUCCUCAGUGUAAGUUGCAGACGACGACGAAGAUGAAGAAGACCCCGCCGCCGUCGCGGCACGAUGUCGAAGUUUGGAUUCUUUGCUCGCCGGACCAUUGGCGUUCCCAGCGGCCUGAUCAGACGAUGACGACUCCUUCUCCGUCUCCGCCAUUAGAUCGUCGAUGGAGAGUGUCGGAUCGAGGCGGCCAGCUUUGGAGAAGAAUUUCGCAGCGCGAGCUCUAUCCCCCGAUGCGAGCGCGUCCUUCCCGAUCCUCAGGCACUUCAAAGCGUCGUCCUUGUUCCCGUCCAUUGCUCUUCGGACGGAUUAGUCGGGACGGGGAGUUCAGAGACUGAAAUCGGAAGACUUCUUUUCUGGGAUUGAAGAAUUUAGGGUUUCAUCUCAACAAUUGGGAGAUUUUAGGGAAGAAAUAUCAAAGAGGUGGAGAACACAAAUUGAUCUGAUGAAUCGU